AUGACAGUCACGUCAGAGUGUUUCUCUAAAAAUGUAUUAGCUUGGAAAAUAUUCGGACUAUGGCCCGGGGCUAACACGAAUAAAUAUUACAAAUACUUUUCUUUUAUAUACAUUAAUUUAACUCUAACAGUUUUUAAUUUGUUAUUGACGAUAAAUCUAUUCUACACUUAUGAUCAAUUGGAAAACUUAAUGCAUGAAGUUAUUUUUUUUUUCACCGAAAUAACCGUUGUGGCUAAAUGUUGUAUGGUUUUUUUUUAUAAGAAAAAAAUAAUUGUGGCAUUUGCAAUUCUAGAUUCCGAUGAUUUUAAAGGAAUCGAUAAAACAUCCAAGGAGAUAAUAGAAAACGACGUGUCAAAGUACAAAAAAAUGUCUAACCUUUACUUUUGUUUUUGUCACUUGUCAUACAUUUUAGGAGUAGCACCGGUUAUUGUUGAAUAUUUUCUGAAAAAUCAUUCUGAAUUGCCUAUAUCAAGAUAUAAUUUUCUUAGUGAUGAAAUAAGACAAAGAUAUUAUAAAAUUUUGUAUUUUUAUCAAAGCUUAAGUAUGUAUGGACAUCUGAUUUAUAACAUUUCUGUAGAUACAUUGAUAAAUGGCUUUAUUUUUUUAACAAUCACACAGUUAAAGGUACUUAAAUAUAAAUUGAAAGGAUUAAAUUUUAAAAAACAGAAUCUUAAUUCAGAAAACAAUGUAAAUGUUUGGAGUUUAAAUCACUGCUUAAAACAUUAUGAUGUUAUUUUAAGAUAUCAAUCUAUCGUGCAAGAAAUAUCAAGUGUCACAUUAUUCGCAAAUUUUGGAAUGGCAUCUGAAAUUAUCUGCGUCACAUUAUGUGGAUUUUACUUGGGCACUUCUGUCAACUCUUUGUUAUUUCUUUUCAUGUACAUGACGGCCAUGGUAUUAAUUAUAUUUGUACCGUCAUGGUUGGGUACUCAGCUUAUAUACGAGAGUCAAGAAUUAGGCUAUGCAGCCUACUGUUCUGAUUGGAUAAACAGUUCUAAAAAGUCCAAAAAAAGCAUACUUAUUUUUAUGGAGCGAACAAAAACACCAAUGUGUGUAGUCGGCAUGAAAAUGUUUCUUGUAUCACUCAACACCUUUAUUACGAUCAUGAAAACUGCUUACUCUAUCUUUACUUUAAUAAAUAGAUUUACGAAUAUGACAUACAUACAAUCUAUGUGUAAAAUAUUUUUUUGCAGAUAUCAAUCUAUCGUGCAAGAAAUAACAAGUGUCACAUUAUUCGUAAUUUUUGGAGUGGCAUCUGCAAUUAUCUGCGUCACAUUAUGUGGAUUUUUUUUGGGCACUUCUGUCAACUCUUUGUUAUUUCUUUUCACGUACAUUACGGCCAUGGUAUUAAUUAUAUUUGUACCGUCAUGGUUGGGUACUCAACUUAUGUACGAGAGUCAAGAAUUAGGAUAUGCAGCCUACUGUUCUGAUUGGAUAAACAGUUCCAAAGAGUCCAAAAGAAGCAUACUUAUUUUUAUGGAGCGAACAAAAACACCAAUGUGUGUAGUCGGCAUGAAAAUGUUCCUUUUAUCACUCAACACCUUUAUUACGAUCAUGAAAACUGCUUACUCCUUCUUUACUUUAAUAAAUAGAUUUAGGAAUAUGAAAUAG